CCCCCCAGUCAUGCCCAUGCUUGUGCUGUGCCUGCUGUGCGCCCUGGCAAUGGUGGCCCAGCCUGCCCUGGUGGCCCCCAUGAGCGGCUCGGAGCCGGCACAGCAGGAGGAGUUGACCCUUCUCUUUCACGGGGCCCUGCAGCUGAGCCAGGCUCUCAAUGGCGUGUACAGGGCCACGGAGGCACAGCUGACAGAGGCCGGGCACAGCCUGAGCCUCUAUGGCCAGGCACUGGGGCUCCUGGGGCAGGAGGUCAGCCAGGGCCAGGAUGCAGCCCAGGAGCUACGUGCGAGCCUACUGGAGAUGCAGAUGGAAGAGGAUGGUCUCAAGCUGCAGGCAGAAGCCACAGCCCAGGCGCUGGGGGAAGUGGCCCAAGGACAGCAAGUGCUAUGGAAGAAAAUGAAGCGGAUGGAAGUCCAGCUGAGAGGCGCUUGGCUGGGCCAUGCCCGCCAAGAAUUUGAGGCCUUAAAGGUCCAUGCAGACAAGCAGAGCCACAUCAUGUGGGCCCUCUUGGGCCAUGUGCAGCGACAGAGGCAGGAGAUGAUGGCACAGCAGCAGCGGCUGAGACAGAUUCAGGAGAGACUCCACACGGCGGCGCUCCCAGCCUGAGCCUGUCUGGGUGGAACCGAGGACCAGUCAUGCACCGAGGGAUGCUGCCAUGCCCCAUGCGGCCCCUGCACAGGG